UUUUACUAGUAAAACUGGAGCAGUAGUAGCAUGCCUUGAAAAUUCAAAGGGAAGAGGGGGUGCACGCAAACCAGAAUGGACUCUGCGAAGACUUCUUAGUACCUCACACACGCCCUUUCAUACUUGUCCACAAAAAAACCCAAAUAUUUGGCUUCUUCUAUUUUCUCUUCUCCAAACCCCACAAUUCUCUCUUACCAGCAACAACUAACGAGCAGGCAAGAUCCUCUCUUUCCUUCCUUCUCUGAGCUCCUCAGGUCUUCAAGUGGUUUUGUUUUAGGCAUUUGUUCACGGUUGACCUUGUGGUAAUUGGUGUUUCUUACAAUCAUGAGUUGUUUUUCUUUCUUAAGCGGCACAAGGGUGAAAAAAUCAAGAAAACCCAGUUCUGAUAUCGAUGAAGAAGUUUCUGGCAUUCAUGAUGUUAAACUAUUCACUUACAAAGAGUUGAUAAUCGCAACUGAAGAUUUUAGUCCAGUCAAUAAAAUCGGGGAAGGUGGUUUUGGUUCUGUCUAUAAGGGCCGGCUUAAAGAUGGAAAAUUUGCUGCUAUAAAAGUUCUUUCAGCUGAAUCAAGACAAGGGGUGAAGGAAUUUUUGACUGAGAUUAAUGUGAUCUCAAAAAUCGAGCAUGAAAAUCUAGUUAAGCUCUAUGGCUGUUGUGUUGAAGGAAACCAUAGAAUUCUGGUCUACAACUACCUAGAGAAUAAUAGUCUUGCACAAAAUCUUAUUGGUGGAAGUAGCAGUAAUCUCCAGUUUAGUUGGCGAACUAGGCGUCAAAUAUGCAUUGGGAUUGCAUGUGGGCUUGCCUUCCUUCAUGAGGAAGUACAUCCACAUAUUAUUCAUAGAGAUAUCAAAGCAAGCAACAUUCUCCUCGAUAAAGACUUAAUGCCAAAAAUUUCAGAUUUUGGUCUUGCAAAACUCAUCCCUCCUAACACGACCCAUGUUAGCACGCGUGUGGCAGGAACAAUAGGUUAUUUGGCACCUGAGUAUGCAAUACGAGGGCAAUUGACAAGGAGAGCUGAUAUUUAUAGCUUCGGAGUUCUCCUUGUGGAAAUAGUCAGUGGCAGAAGUAAUACGAAUACCCGACUACCUAUUGAGGAACAGUAUUUGCUUGAAAGGACAUGGCAUCUCUACGAACGGAAGGAGCUUGUUGGACUGGUAGACACAUCACUCGACGGUGACUUUGAUGCUGAGGAAGCUUGUAGGUUUCUAAAGAUCGGCCUCCUCUGCACCCAAGACCUUGCGAAGCGCAGGCCAUCCAUGUCAUCCGUGGUCAAGAUGCUAAAAGGCAAGAAGGUUGUCAACGAUGAUAAGAUAACAAAGCCAGGCUUGAUAACCGAUUUCAUGGACCUCAAAGUACGAGAGCCUAGUGAUACGAGGCCUAGCGCACAGACUACUACAGCUUCCAACAAUGCGUCCUCGGGCUUAGGCUCAGACAACAAGGACAAUUCAACAUUCUCCUUAGCAACCUCAGCUGCUGCCACUACCACCUUCAUUUCGAACGUGUCAUCGGAAACCUCAGCCGCUAAUACAACGAACUUCAGCUUCCGCACCGUAUAACACAUCCACGCAAAUUUUGAUUUCAUUUAUUUUUGUCCUACGUAGGUUUUUGCGGCCUGCUGUGGUUUCUUCUUUUUCAGCUACACCCUUCUAGCCGGAGGUACUCCUUUGUAAAUGUGAUCAGGGCUUGGUAAUCCAAAGAAUUUUUGUAAUUUUU